AUGGAAGGCCUGAAGGCAAAGGAUGGUUUGGAACUGAGCGAGGAGCUGCAGAGAGGCAUCGCAUCAUAUGGGGUGCCCGAACACGAGCUUACGUUCCUCCAGCGGCGCGCCAUUGCUCGGCUGGCGGAGGGGAAGGACGUGGUGGUCCACGCCGGAGGGGGGCGAGGCAAGACCAUCGCCAUGGUG